AUGGAAUCGGGAAAAAUUAGCGAGCUGAAUGAAGAUAUAGUAGAAUUUAAUAAGUUGUUGUCCUUAGCAUUAAGAGAAAAUGUCAAAAGGAAAAUAAUAGAAUGCAUAGAAAAAACAACUGUUGAUAUAGCAAAAUUAAAGAUUGAAGGAAGUCAAACCCCAAAUAAAAUAAAUGACACAAACUUACAAUUAAAUGAGAGCAAUAAUACCUCAUAUAAUUCUGUUCAAUCCUUUGCAUGGAAUCAAGAAGGAAAUAAAGUUACUGUUUUUUUAACAGUUAAAAAUGUGCAAAAUAUUGAAAAAGGAAAAAUUUUUACAGAAUUUAAUGAAAGAUCUUUUGAAAUAAAAAUGCAUGAUGUAGAUAAAAAAAAUUAUCGUUUCUGUAUUAAAAAAUUGCAUGAAAAAAUUGUACCAAGCAAAUGUUCUAUAAAAGUUAGAAAGGAUGCAAUUCAUGUAUACCUAAUCAAACACGAUAAUAAAUAUUGGGAUAAUCUACAUUUUAAAGAAUCUCCCAUGUCCAAAAUUAGAGCUCCUAAAAUGGAUGAACAAGCUGAACCCUCUACUAUGCUUAUGAACAUGAUGAAACAACUAUAUCAGGAGGGAGACAGCGAUAUGAAAAGAACAAUAGCGAAAGCAUGGUGUGAAGCAAAUGAAAAGAAAUCGGAUUUUUCUAUUCCAAAUUUUUAA